AUGAUGGAGACAGAUAAACUACCCCUUUCCCCUCCGCCGGAACCCAAGCCGUCGAACUCAGACACGAAUGAACUCGUUAGCCUAGACUCACCACUGCGGACGACGCCUAUUCACGCGCUACUACCUGAUGUCCGGGUGCCUUCUGAUCCCUUACCAAGUCACCGAUACCAUCCCGUUACGUGUGCACCACUAGAUGUAGUUGAAUUUCAAGCCGAGCUUCAACAACUACGAAAGCAAUAUACGACCUCCGUUGCGGCACGUAAGGGGCAAGAAGAGGCGGCUAAGGAAGUGAAGAAAAGGAUUGAUGAAGCGAAGGAGAAGACGGAGCAAAUUCAAAAAACCAUGCAGAGGAAAACUGAGGAACGUGAGAUGGAGAGGAAGGUGUUUUUGAAGAUAAAGAAGGAAAAAGAGGAGAAGAUGCAGGGUGUAUGA